GUCUCCGCCUCCCCGCUGUAAGCGCGGAGAAGGGCGGUUCGGCUCCGAGCAGCGCGCCCCAGGCCCGGCGACCCUAUCACUGCCACCACCAUGGUGAAGGCAGGCAGGAAGGGAUGCGGCUGCCUGGGCUUCCUGAGGAAGAACUGGCUCCUGCUCAGCACGCUGGUCGCCGUGCUGCUGGGUAUUGGAGUUGGCAUGCUGGUACGAGAAUAUGGCAAGCUGUCUAACCUGGAUAAAUUCUACUUUUCCUUUCCUGGGGAGGUGCUGAUGAGAAUGCUCAAACUUAUCAUUCUGCCAUUAAUCAUAUCAAGUAUGAUCACAGGAGUUGCUGCUUUGGAUUCCAGUGUUUCAGGGAAGAUUGGUUUGCGAGCCGUCGUAUAUUACUUCUGCACUACAGUCAUUGCUGUAAUAUUAGGGAUUGUCUUAGUUGUGACCAUUAAACCUGGAGUACCUCAAACAGCAGAUGAAAUAGACAGAGUGGGCAGCACCCCGGAGGUCAGUACUGUUGAUGCCAUGCUGGAUCUGAUCAGGAAUAUGUUCCCAGAAAAUCUUGUCCAGGCCUGUUUUCAACAGUACAAAACCAAACGUGAAAAAGUGGAAGAUACAACUGGUGUGGAUAAAAAUGGCUCCACAUUUACAGAAGAACUUGUUACAACUGCUACGACAGCAGAAGUUUUGGAGAAUAAAACUCAAGAAUAUAAGAUCGUGGGCGCGUAUUCUGAUGGCAUCAAUGUUCUUGGCUUGAUCGUCUUUUGUCUUGUUUUUGGAAUGGUUAUUGGAAAAAUGGGAGACAAAGGACAAGUUCUAGUGGAUUUUUUCAAUGCACUGAAUGAAGCUACAAUGAGGAUAGUUCAGAUAAUUAUGUGGUAUAUGCCAAUUGGUAUUGUGUUUUUAAUUGCUGGGAAGAUAAUAGAAGUUGAGGACUGGGAAAUCUUUCGUAAACUGGGUCUUUAUAUGGCUACAGUAUUAAGUGGACUUGCAAUCCAUUCCACUAUAAUUCUGCCACUGAUCUACUUUAUAAUAGUAAGGAAAAAUCCUUUUCGAUUUGCCAUGGGGAUGGCUCAGGCACUUCUGACAGCCCUCAUGAUUUCUUCCAGUUCAGCAACUUUGCCCGUCACCUUCCGAUGUGCAGAAGAAAAAAACUUCAUUGACAAAAGAAUUACCAGAUUUGUACUUCCAGUUGGAGCUACUAUCAACAUGGAUGGCACAGCUCUCUACGAGGCAGUAGCAGCUGUAUUUAUUGCACAACUGAAUGACUUGGAACUAGAUAUUGGCCAGAUAGUUACCAUUAGUGUCACAGCUACAGCAGCCAGCAUUGGAGCUGCUGGUGUUCCCCAAGCUGGACUUGUCACCAUGGUGAUUGUUCUGAGCGCUGUUGGCCUGCCAGCUGAAGACGUUACUCUGAUCAUUGCAGUUGACUGGCUUCUAGAUCGAUUCAGAACAAUGGUGAAUGUCUUGGGAGAUGCCUUUGGUACUGGGAUAGUGGAGAAGCUCUCUAAAAAGGAACUGGAACAGAUGGAUGUUUCCUCUGAUGUCAACAUAGUCAACCCUUUUGCCUUGGAAACUACAAUACUUGAUAAUGAUGAAACAGAGACCAAGAAAUCAUACAUCAAUGGAGGCUUUGCUGUAGAUAAAUCUGACACCAUAUCCUUCACGCAGACAUCUCAGUUCUAAAGCCAGUAGCUUUCAGAUGAAAGAGAAGCACUACAGGACAUGGCUAUAUGCAAGAUCUUUAAAAGCUUGAAGGAAUAUUGAGAAUGAAUUAUGUCUCGCACAUAUAUGAUUUACUGUAGAGACUCUGAUCCUCAUCACCAAUUCUGCCCCCUUCUGAUCAUCUCUCAGCAAUUUGAAUUCACUACUUUUGAUCCUUGUAGAAGACAAAGACAGAUAUUUUUUUUUUUAAGUAUAUACUAUUGCUGAGGAUAUGAAAUGCCUCUUUGGAUUCAGCAUGCUCGUAAGUGGGGAUUAAUAGCUGGAAUAGCCAAAUGUGUUUUUCUCAGGAGUAGCACAGCAUUCCACAUCUCACCUGCAUUAUGAAACACCUGUAUGAAGACUGUUUUAACAUCUUUGCCUUCUAAAAGCAUCGCACAAGACACCUACUGUAUCUUGAUCACAUGCCAAAAGACUCAUUUCUGCAGCUGAGAGGUCACCACUAGGGCAGAUUGAUUUAGAAAAAAUUCAGAAACCCGCGAGGCUGUGUAAUAAGGAUUGUAUUGCAAACAAGGUUUCAUUUUUUAAUCAUUAAAUAAUUGGGCACAGAAAAGUUUCCAUUGUUUGUAUAGCCACGUUUCUCCAUGUCUUUCAUGUAAAUGCCAUCCACUGGCACUGGCUUUCAGAGGUGAACCAAAAUGCUGUGGGCUUAACAUUCUUGUAUUUGAAUGGGUUUAAAAAAGUGAAACUUCUCAAGUUUAGGUGCUUUAGUGACAGUCUGAUACAUUUCCAUUAGAAACAAUAGUAAGUUAGAUUACCUUUGACCAUUACGAAAUAUUAAAAAGCCCAAAGUAGGCAGAGUUCUCAAAGAUAAAAAUAGACUAUAAAGUAAUAUGGAAUGCGGAUACUAAAGCUUUACUCCUUAGAACAAAAAUAAUUAUAGUAUGAAGAGUUUAGGAGGCAUGCCUUGUUAUAGAAAGCAGCCACUGUCAGUAAGCUUUUUACACAGUUUGUGUAAACAUCAAGUUUGCAGCUGCAACAUUACUACAGUGCCAACAUAUCAGACAAAUUGUAUCUCAUGAAACCUAUCUUAACCCAGGAAGUCAUGUGUUCUCAUGGCUUUCUGUAGGAUAAUAAGCACUAAGAAUUUCCUCAUGAGAAAUCUGUUUUCUAACACAUUUUAUACAAGAUUUCCAUGGUGCAAAGACCACUCUCUCUAGGGGAGAUCCUGUAUCAAAUGUUUUGCCUUGCAUAUUACAGUUUGUUAUCAAGUUUAUUUGUAAACUGAAUUCUUUGUAAGUAAAGUUGUGGUAAGCCUAUGAGUGUAUGCUAACAAAAACCUUUCAGGUACCUGCAGUGUUAUAUACUCAAGUCAGGCCUAGCUCUUGUAUUUAAGUAAAUCAGAAGUGUGCCAAAGAGAACUGAUUAAGAAGAAAAUAUUUACUGUAGGUUUUCAUAAAUUGCACCUUAAAACAACAAGUCAAUAAGAUGUAAUGCUGUAUUUAAAUUAAGUAUUGUAAUCGAUACAGAAAAGUACUAGUUUAUACAUUAAAAGGAAAAUUUACAGACUGAGUACAUUAUACUUUUUACCAGUGCAUAAAUAGUUUGAAACAGUCUUCAUUUGUGCAGCUUUGCUUACAAGAAGAAAGAAAACACCAGUAUCCACAAAGUGUACAAUCUAUGUCUUGUCUUUGCUUUUUAAAGUCACCUUUCUACAAUCACCCCAUUAUGUAGUCAUCUAUUAACAUGUACUGUGAAUUGUGUUCCUAACAUGCUUUAAAUAAAUAAUUUUCUCCUUCA